AUGGCGAUAUCUGGCGAGGACAUCGCUCGGGCUGUGUCUUGGUUUUUUGGUUGGGUCUAUUUCUCUGCUUGGACCAUCUCGUUCUUUCCCCAAGCGUUCUUGAACUACCAACGAAAAACUACGGACGGCCUUACUCCAGAUUUCCCGCUAUUAAAUGUAUUCGGCUUUUCAUGCUUCUCACUCAGCACGAUCCUAUUCCUAUUCUCCCCUGUGAUUCGCGGGCAGUAUGCAGCUCGACAUCCCCUCUCACCGGAGCCUACCGUGCGCAUGAAUGACUUGGCUUUUGGCUUGCUCGGGCUGGUCAUGAGCGUCGUGACCUACUCGCAGUUCUGGCCUAGUCUUUGGCGAUGGGAGCCUGUGGCCGGAGUCAGGAGAAUUGCCGGUACUGUCACCUUGGGGAUCAUAUGGGGCUCGCUGCUCGCUUUGACAUUAAUCACCAGCUUUGUGCUCGCAAAGGGCAACGGGCGGAGCACUGAUAGCACGGUCUGGGCAUGGAUCGAUGUGGUGUAUGCCAUGCAGUACGUCAAGAUCUUGCUGACCAUCUUCAAAUACAUCCCGCAAGUCGUGAGCAACUUUCAGCGAAAGUCAACAAUAGGAUGGAGUAUUUCGCAGCAAUUACUGGAUUUCACCGGCGGUGUCCUCAGCCUGGCCCAACUUGUGAUUGACUCUUCCUUACAAAGCGACUGGACUGGGCUUUCUGGAAAUCCAAUGAAGAUUGGGCUGGGAAUGGUCAGCUUGGCUUUCGAUGUCAUCUUCCUUUCACAGCACUAUCUGCUGUAUGGGCCUGUGGAGGAGAGUCAUUGUCAAGGAGAUCAGGUUGUAGACGUCUCUCAUCGGUCAUGUAAUGAGCAGCGACCUUUGCUACAAGAUGCCAGGAGUGUGUGA